UCGCGAGGCUCGAGAGCAGUGUUAGCACAGCUAGUGCGAGGCUCCGUUCACUUCAUUGAGAGUUAGCUGUUAGCCGCUAUUUCGUUUAAGUGAGUGAUCAAUCAUGGCGGAGGUGCGCAGCCUGCGGGUGUCUGUGAAGUCGGAAAGCGCGUCCGAUCGGUCGGAGUCAGACUCGGAAUCGGUCUCCGAUCGAGAUGCCCAGGAAGCGGAGCCCAUGGAGGUGGAGGAGGGAGACCCGGAGCUGGAGUCCAUCUCUGUUCGCCGAAGUUUAAAGGAGCUGUUGCCGGACACCAGCAGACGCUAUGAGAAUAAGGCUGGCACCUUCAUCACUGGAAUCGAUGUCACGUCUAAGGAGGCCAUUGAGAAAAAGGAGAAGCGUGCAAGAAGAUUUCAUUUUAGCGCAGAGGAAAAUCUGGCACAGAGGAAUGUUGUUCUAGACCGGGAUCUGCUGAAGAAAGCGAUCCCGAAUUUGCGUCUGGAAGCCCUACACAUGAGUGGAGUCGAUGACAUGAGCACUCAGGAUGUUUUUGGCUACUUUAAAGAGUAUCCACCUGCCCACAUUGAGUGGAUAGAUGACACUUCCUGCAAUGUGGUGUGGCUAGACGACAUCACUUCAUCCAGAGCUCUCAUUAACUUGAGUCGGAUGCCAGACAAAAAAGAGGUCACAAACACUGACAGCUCGAAACCAUCUGAACUUUCAGUCCAGCCGCAGAAAGCUCGGCGAAACCAUGGCUCUGAUGAUGAUGAGGAGGAGGAAGGCGAGGUAGAUGAUGAUGGCGAAGAUGAGGUGGUGAAAGCAGAUAAGAGCAGGAACAGUGAUGGCAGUGAGGGUAAAGCUAGCGACAUUGAGGAAGAAACCGAAAAGAAAACACAGGAAACCGCAGAGACAAGUCUGCUUUCCCAACCGGAGCGAGAGUCUCUUUUCCGAAAUGAUCUGCGGCCCACAGUCAAGCCCUUCAAAGGCAACAAGCUGUUGUUGCGCUUUGCCACCCAGGAUGACAAAAAGGAGAUGGGUGCGGCCAGAAGAAGUCGAUACUACAUGAAAUACGGGAAUCCAAACUAUGGCGGCAUGAAAGGGAUCUUAAGUAACUCUUGGAAACGGAAAUAUCACACGCGCAGAAUCCAGCGUGACAUUCUGAAGACCAAAAAGCCUCUGAUUGGAGACAGCAUGGGACACACCCCACCUUACACUCAUCGACACUCUGCUGACCUGGUGAAUCUGCCAGAAGAGCCUAUUGAAGAAGAAGAAGAGGAGGAAGAAGAGGAGGAUGAUGGAGAGGAAGACAUGGAUGCUGACGAUAGAGUAGUGGAGUACAGAGAUCGGGGAGACCGGGAACGGGGGCCACGGCUUGGGGAAGGAGACCUGCGUAGUCGCUUAGGAGGCCCAUCACCUGAAUCUUCAGAUUCAGAUGAGAUGGACUACGAUCUGGAACUGAAAAUGAUCUCGACACCCUCUCCCAAAAAGAGCAUGAAGAUGACCAUGUAUGCCGACGAGGUAGAAACCAACCUUCGGAGUCUUCGAAACUCCAUACGGACUGAGACGAGUAGCAGUGUUAAGAGUCGCAUUGGCGGUGGAGGAGGAGGCGGCUCGUCCAAGUCUACAUCAGACAAAGUGACCGAUGUGAGACAGUUACUGGAGGAGAAGAGGCAGGGACACUCUCAGCAGAGAUCAUGCCCACCAGUGACUACAAGUGGCAAGAUGGAUGUGAGACAGAGAUUAGGCAAAAGACCACACUCUCCGGAGAGACAUCGCUCUGUCUCUCCCGUCAUCUCUAGGAACGCAGUGUCUCGGAGAGAGCCUUUGACUGAUGUGCGCAGCCGACUCGGAGUUGCAAAACUCGAGAGCCGUAGUCUCUUCUCAGAGUCCUCGAAAGACAAGAAAACCGGAGGCUUGUGGAGCCGCCUCGGCCCGUCUCACAGGGACAACAAAGAAGAUGACAAGGCUUCUUCCCGAGCGUCUUCCUCAAGAGGAAUAAGGCGACAAGAUGACAAGGAAUCUGACAGAGUUGAUGGCAAUGAAGAGGAUGACACUCAGCUGCAAAAGAUGUGGGGAGCAAUGAUCAAGCAGAAGGAGCAGCAGUCCAACAAGAUGAAGAAAAGCCGUCUGGACAGCUUGCCCUCGCUGCAGAUCGAGAUCAGUCAGGACAGCAGCAACGGCUCAGACAGUGACUCCUGAAUGAAUCCUCCUGUAGGACGUGUGGGAAUCGGAGGACUGAUGAACGCUGUGGAAGAGAGUUGGAGAAAAUCUGUGAUAGACUGGGCCAAGAGACCCUGACAUGUAUACUUAAACAUUCCCACACUCCCACUAAUAGAAAAUGAUUUGGUUGUAUUUAACACAAAUUGAGGGCCCAUUUUAAUGCACCAGUUUGACAAAAAUAACCCGUGAUUCGAUGGACUGUCUGUUAGCAGUACAGUUUUUAAAAUCUUGCCAGUAUGGUUGGUUUUCGUUUAUGUUACAUUAUUAAGACUGUCGUAACACUGUGCAUUUGAUGUGGAGAACCCAAUGGUCUGAGGUUUUUUUGUUUCUCUGGUGCAAGAAUUCUAUAUUUACUGGACCUGAAUGGAUCAGUGCUUCAUUGUACACAGUGCUAUGAAAGGGGCACAUAAUGUAGCCAAUGUAAAGAUAACUGUCCCCAAAGGAAUGGUCUGCAAUCCCUAAAUAUAUGUGGUCAGUGAAAAAUACAAGAAAAAACACUGUAUGUUGAAUAAAAAUCAUUUUUUACAUCGGAUUGGGUCUAGAAAUUGAUAUGUGACUGCAUGUCAGUGUUCAAAAGCAGCAUAUGAAAAUCUGUAUUGUAAAUUGUCAGUAAUGUGCAAAUAUAUUACCGUUUCCCUCA